UUCUCCGUUUAAUUCGACGCCGUUCUGCGACUUCAUUUUCCGUCGCCAUGGAUGAAAGCGGAGGAAUCUCAGGCAUCGAGUACACAAACAUCGACGCCGCCGCCGACGCGAUCGACUGCUCCACCAUUUUCCAUCUCGUCACCGACAUAGUCGGCUUCAUUCUCUUCAUGCACCAGCAGAUCCCCUCAUUACUCCAGGACAUCACGCUCGAAUUCGAUGGAUUGCGGACCGAAUUCAAGGAACUGGAAAUUGAGCUCGCGGAGAGUGAACCGAAGGCGCCAUUGAUAAGGAGAAAGCUAGCUGCCAGAAAAAGGGAAGUGAAAUUGGGGAUAAGAAGGUUGGAGAAACUGAUGGGGUGUGUAUCGAAUCUCAAGGCUGCACUUCAGUUGUUGGUUGCUGAAGUUCCAAAUGUUGAUAAAAUCUCUCUGGUUCUUGGACCUAGUCCUCUAAGGCCUUUGCACAUCUUUGAAUUGAAUUUCUCAAAUGGGAGGCCGUUUUUGGAGGGUUUCAGUCGAAGUAAAACUGCAGAAACGCUGUCUAGAAAGGCGAUUCGUAUGAUGAUAUCGAAGGGUGUUGGAUCGGAUUCUUAUCCUGGUCCUACAAAAUUAUUUCUCUUGGUGAAAGCUCCCUCUUACCUUAAUCUGCCUCUGCACUUUCUUCCCAAGCGUGAGUUUCGACCAAAUAGAAAGACCAAGCCUUUUAGAUUGAGAUUCAGGUGCAGAACCCAGAAUCCGGAAAUGAAUCCUCAACAUAAUGACUUUGCUAGCUCAGUCGACUUGCAGCACUCUCCAUCAACCGAUUUGAUCUGGUUUCAAUGUCGACACACUAUCAAGGGCUUGGCCGUGAGGGCGUCACCAGCAGAAGAUUGAAUUGCGAUGCUGUGCAGAUAGGGCAGUUCGGGCUAGAGUUUGUAGUCUGUAGAGCAAUGAAACAGCCUUCUUUUCGCUUUUUGCGGCUGCAGAUUUCACAAAUGUUGUGCAUGUUUGUAUGAAUAGAGGGGGAAGAAGGUAGAAAUAGAUAGUACUACGACAUAUACGAUAAUCUUACAUACUUAAUGUGAGCACCAUUUGUGAACGUCGAAUGCCACUCUCGUUUAGUUCACGUUUGCAUUAUUUUAUUUAUUUAUAUAGUAUUUAUUUUGAUUCUAA